AACACGGCGAGGACAAAGCAAGAUGGCGUCUGACGGUGAAGACGUUAUUGCAGUCGUCACAGUUCAGUGUUCUUAAUCUGUGCCUCCAUGUACACAUAUAUGUCCUUUAUUACACUCUAGUAAAUAGAGUAAACAUCGUUAAUAACUGUUUGCAUCCGGUUAUAUUAGUCUGAGCGCACUUUGAUGCUUCUCGAGCUAGCUUAGCCUGCUAGUUAGCUUAGCUUGUUAGCUGCUAACAAAGAGAGGCGGAAGUGAUCAAAACACAUCACUAAGUAGAGAUCAAGUGUGAGUGUAAAGUGUUGUGAUUGUGUGAAAAUGUGCCAAAGAACCAUAGCAGAGUACGAGGAGGAACUUUGUCCAACAAAAGAGAAGGAGCGACAACAUGAAAAACAUCAAGUUGUGUUACACAGAACAGACAUCCGUCAGCUGAUUGGACACCAAGAAGAAUGUCUCCCUCAUCUGCAGGGGGACAGUUUCACUUUAGAGUAUCCACAGCCCUCACAUUUUAAAGGGGACAAGGAGUAUCCACAGCCCCCCUAUUUUAAAGAGGAAGAGAGGGGAGAUUUUCCUGUAGGGCAGGAGGAGGCUGAUGUCAGCAAGUUUCCACUGACUGUUGUCUCUGUGAAGACUGAAGAGCAUGAAGACAAACCACCUGAGUCCUCACAGCUUCAUCACAGUCCAAACGUUGAAGAAGAACCUCUACCCCAUGAGCAGGAGAAGGAACCACAGUCCCCCAACAUACGCGAGAAAGAAGAGGUACCACAUUCCCAGCACAGCAAAGAGGGAGGAGAGGAGCCACAUCCCCCCCACAUUAAAGAGGAAGGCGAGACGCCACAGACCCAUAAUGUUAAACUGACCCUUCACAUUAAAGGGCAAGCGGAGGACCCACUGAUCUUACACAUCAAAAAUGAAGAGGAUGACCCACUGACCCCUCACUUUAAGGAGCAAGAGAACCUACUGACCCCUCACAUCAAAAAGGAAGAGGAGGACCCACUGACACCCUACUUUAAAGAGGAAGAGGAGGACCAAGAGGUGCCGCACAUUAAAGAGGAAGAGGAGGAAGAGGGCAUCAGUCAGCCUAAAUGGUUGGAGGAGUUCCCAGUGACUGGUGUCCCUGUGAAGAGUGAAGAUGAUGAGGUGAAAGGUGAAAGUGAGGAGAGGGGAGGGGGGGAGCCUCCAAGCAGCAGCUCAACACAACACAUGACAACAGAAGCUGAUGGAGACCACUGUGGAGGAUCACAAGCAGACAAGCUCUUAGCUCCACUAUCAGAUAGUGAGGACACAACGUCACACUCUCCUGACACUGAUGAUGAAGACUCUAAAGAUGAUAAGACAUGUCACACUGACAACACUCACUUCACAUCUUCUCUCUGUCACAAAACUUUUAAAUAUCCUAGUAAAUUGAAAAGACACAUGAGAAAACACACUGGAGAAAAACCUUUUUCAUGUUCAAACUGCGGUAAAGAUUUUACUCAGAGGCCAGAUUUUAAAGUACACAUGAGAACACACACUGGUGAAAAAUAUUUUUCUUGUUCAACCUGUGGUAAAGGUUUUACAGAAAGUCAACAUUUGAAAGUACACAUGAGAACACACACUGGUGAAAAACCUUUUUCAUGUUCAACCUGUGGUAAAGGUUUUACAGAAAGUCAGAAAUUGAAAGUACACAUGAGAACACACACUGGUGAAAAGCCUUUUUUCUGUUCAAUCUGUGGUAAAGGUUUUACAAGAAGUACAGAUGUGAAAAGACACAUGAGAACACACACUGGUGAAAAAAUCGCAUUCCUGUUCAAUCUGCAACAGAAGCUUUUGUCGACAAUCAAAGCUUGUAGCACACAUGAGAAGACACCCAGGAGAGAAAGUGUUGAGUUGCAGUGUGUGUGGUGAAAGAUUGUCUUCUAAGUACCAGUGUAAGAAACACAAGUGUGCUGGUGAGAACAGCAGCAGCAAAUGAAACUGCAGGAUUUGAAAUAAACUGUCCAGACUUUCAUUUUGACUUCCUAACAACAUCAGCACAUAUAACAUGUGUGACAUCAUUGUUGUGUGUGUAACAAUCUGGUUAAUAUGAGUCUACAUUUAUAGAUUGGAUAGUUUGAAAUAUUGAAGUGUGACAUAUUUGUAUUUGUAAUUAUUAAUAAUCCCAUAGAUUAUCACCAUUAUAUGAUAUACAUAUGUACUGGUUCACAUCUGAAACAUCUUCUGGACCACUUCAGGAAGCAUAUUAUUAUUUACUUUAUACAUCAUUUGAACAGUUGUCAUUUAUACAAUUUUAAAAUGUGUGACUUUAUGAAUCAUUUGUUGGGUCUCUAUAAUCCAUUUUAUUAAUCAUCUUUACUACUCUCUUUUGUAAUAUGAUGAUUGUGUUGUGAUUUUUUUAUACUUUAACUUAAUAUGUAUGUACUUGUACGUUUAUGCAAUAAAAAGUGAGAGAAAAUGGCUG